CAUUCAGAUAUUCGCUUCCUGAUGGCUAUUGACAACUAAAGGAAGACGAUGAUGAUGUUUUGUGGCGAUAGGAAAUGCAAAUGAGUGUCGUCCUUCGGCGUGAUUUGUGCGACGCCCUCGAGUGAAAUGGAUGUUAGUGGCGGGGUCAAUGUGCAAUAGUAGGAGUGGAUAGCGCGUGCAGGAGGAGGACGUGAGAGGAGAAGGAGGCCUGUGUUAGGGGGGGGGAGAGUUGCAGGAAGUGUACCAUGGCAGAUCAACAACAUCCACCUCCGAGUAGACCUGGAUCCUUAAAUAUGCCUGCAGCAAUCCCAGGUGUGGCUGCUGCAGGCAUUUGCUGGGAUCAUACUUUUGUCCAUGGGCGUCGAAGCAAUCUGCGGUUGGCUUUCCCAAGUCAGGGAAGACAGAGUAAUGACCGUCCAACAAAUAAUUUGGACUUUCCCGCUUCAGGUUAUCCCACUACACAAAUUCAUAGUGGACCGAUCAUCUUCAGAUACAACAGGCAUACAACUACAUCAUCACAACAACCACCACCACCUCCACCACUGCCUCCUCCCAGAAGUUCCUCCACCAAUGCAUCUAAAUGGCCACCAGUUCCACCUUACACCUCCACGUCCCACAGAAACUUAAUGGUACCAACAGUGAUGGUUAGCAGAGCUAAGUCUCAUGAUGGCAGGCUCAUUGCUCCUGAUCAGCUUUCAAAUGCAGUCUUGGCAGGAGGCAGUCCAAAUCUACCCAAUUCUAACUGCAGUGGGCGAAGAACAAUCUCUCCUGCCAGACACCAGAGUUUAUCGCCAGCCAGAUCCCCACAAAACAUGAUGCCAGCCAGAUCCCAGCAAAAUCUAGCACCGGCUAGACCUAGAAAUUUAUCUCUGGGGGGUCUUCAGAACUCUUCAGGAGAAAUACAGAACUUUCCUUGUAAUGUUUCGCAAAAUCAAUCGACUGGAGGCCAAAUAAACAUACGAGAUCAGAAAAAGAAGCACCUGGUGCUGCAUUUGCCUCCGCCUCACAAUCAUCCCCACCAUCACCACAAUCAGCAUCACCGUCACGGCAUCCAUCACGAUGGACUGAGAGAACGAGGACAUAAGAGCUCUUGGAAUGUGCCUCCUGUCCCCCAACCACCCAGCUCCACUUCCAGACACGCUCCACGUGAAGAACCCACACUGGUCGUCUUCACAUCCGGGAUCCCAACUGCCACCACCAGUGGAAAACGCCAUUCCAAGGACAGGUUGACUCGGGGUAUCUACCAGAAUAUUCAGUCCUCUGGCAAACUGAAGAUUUCACCUGAAGUGCAAGUUGAGUUUACUGCCGAUGAUCUUCGUGACUUGGGAGAAAUUGGAAGAGGUGGUUUUGGUACCGUGAACAAGAUGGUUCAUCGUAAAAGUAAUACCAUUAUGGCUGUCAAGAGAAUUCGAUCAACAGUGGAUGAAAAGGAGCAGAAGCAGUUAUUGAUGGAUCUGGAAGUAGUAAUGCGUAGUAAUGAUUGUCCAUGCAUCGUCCAGUUUUAUGGAGCAAUUUUUAAAGAGGGGGACUGCUGGAUAUGUAUGGAAUUAAUGGACACAUCCCUGGAUAAAUUCUACAAGUUUAUAUAUGAAAGGCUAAAUGAACGUUUACCUGAAAACAUUCUUGGUAAAAUUACAGUAGCGACAUUAACGGCAUUAAAUUACCUAAAAGAAAAAUUGAAAAUUAUACAUCGAGACGUCAAACCUUCCAAUAUUUUGUUGGACAAACGGGGCAACAUAAAACUCUGUGAUUUUGGUAUUUCUGGGCAGCUUGUGGAUUCGAUUGCAAAAACCCGUGAUGCAGGAUGUAGACCAUACAUGGCACCAGAACGAAUAGAUCCAGCAAGGGCUCGAGGAUAUGAUGUGCGGUCAGAUGUUUGGUCACUAGGGAUUACCUUAAUGGAGCUAGCGACUGGUAGUUUUCCUUAUCCUAAGUGGAAUUCUGUAUUUGAGCAGCUAACACAGGUGGUACAGGGAGAACCACCUCGCCUGUCUCCUAAUGAAAAUGGAAACACAUUCUCUGAGGAAUUUGUUGAUUUUGUAAACACGUGCCUCAUUAAAGAAGAAAGUUCUCGGCCAAAAUAUAAGCAACUUCUUGAACACGAGUUUGUCAUCAGAUCAAAAGCUGAUCCAAUGGAUGUCGCAGAAUUUGUUUGUGGCAUUUUAGACAAAAUGGCAAACAACGGUAGAGCAAUGUACACAUAUGAUUCGUAUAAUUGUUGAUGAAACGCGUGUAUUAGUACUAUUCUCAUCAAUUUUGUGUCCUGGUGUUUUGGCAAGAAGGCAUUGGUGGUGGCAUGGAAGGAAACUUACCCAGUGACACGACAAAUUGGAGCUUGGGUCAUAGAUUGGGCCUUGGCAUCACUUGUCGAAAUGUCUGUUUACUGGUUUAACCUCUGAGUGCCCAGUGGAGCCCUGCUUUCUUACUAUGCCAUUGAACUUUCUUCCUGACUGUGAUGUUUUGACUGGUGCCCUACAAAUUUGAUGGGAACAACAUCAAUAUUUUCCCCUCAUAUGGAAAUUACAUUGGAUUUAUAGAAAAAUCUAUAAGUACGUGCAAAGGCAAAAUCUAAGAAAUUGAAUAUACUUUUAAACUAAGUUUUCAACUUAAUUUUGAAAAUACUAUACUAUAAAGAUUCUACAAACCAAGCUGGAUUUGGUGGUGGAGACGUGAUAUGGAAGUUUAAAGUAAAAAGAGAGAUGGUGUGUACUUUUGCCUAUGUACUGAUGAUAGUAUUAUUAUACUUUUUUAUUGUAUUUAUUAUUAGUUAAUUUUAAAUCACAUGGUGUCCAUGCCAACGAAUGAAUUGUGGCAUUGAUAUACAGAAACUGAGAGAAGAGACUGGUCAUUUGAUAGUGACCUUAUUGUUAUUAUGCAGUGUUAACUUGGCUUAUUGGGAUUUAAGUCAAUAAUGUUAUUUUAGAAAUCUCUCAUUAAGAAGACUGGUAUUUCAGAUACAGUACUUUGUCUCAGUGAUUAUCCUGACAAGUGCAUUAUGUACGGUGCACUGUGAUUUUAUUGUAAGAUACUGGAGACAAAUGUAAAGAGUAGUAUAUCACUAGAGCUAAAUUACUGUGAAAUAACACUCUUGGCAGCACUUUCUUCCGUUUAAUCUUUUCAAAAUUUAGGUUUAUAGGAGCGUUAAUAACUAUGAAUUCAUGCAGUUUUGUUUUUGUUUCCUGUUCUCAUUAUAAUGUUUGAGACAUUUCUUUUAAAUGAAGGCAUUGUAUUCAUAGAUUUAUAGGUGUGGUGUCUAUUGACACCACAAGAAGUGUUUCACCUCAUAGAGCUUUUUUCAUAACUCAAGAAGAUUAUAAAUAUUGUAUUUAAGAAGCUUAUUUUUAGUGCCAUUGUUAGGUGAUUUUGACAUAAGAGAAUUAUUUAUUGUAGAUGCGGUAGCUGAAUUCUUCAUGGUAUUUGCAAGUCACGUUUUUUAUGAUUUAUUGUGACUGUAUUUGAACAAUACUAUUUCCUUGACAUUGAAGAGUGGAUGUGAAAAAGAAGUUUUGCAGGAAGUGCAGAUUUUAAAGUUUGUGCAGAUACAGUAUAUCAGUGAUAUACAUGCACUGGAGGUAUUUUACCCAUGGAUAAUUUUUAGUGCAGUAGUGUGACUGUAAGUAGCUGACUUGCAUUUGUCAUGUAGGUUCAUUCUACUAAUAUCAUUUGCUGAAUAAUGUAAGUUGUUAAAAAGAAAGCUAUUUUGAAUACAUAGGGUCAAUUGGUUUGUGUCUGAUAAGGGGAUUAAGUUUAGAGACUAAGGUUGCAAUUCAAAAAACUCAUUUGAUAAGCAACUCCCACAGCACUGAUUAUAACGUAAAUGUGUGUUAUCAGUUUCUUACUCAUACACAUGCAUUAUAGUUCGUGUUAUAGAUUUCAAUAACCAUUUUAGUUCUCUUUCUGGCUUUGAAAUUCCAAAUCAGCUGAUGAUGGGCAUAGUUCAUGGUUGUACUAGUAAGUGAUGCUCUCAUCAGUCCGUGGAGGACAUACAAUGCAUUAUAUCUCAACAAUCAUAUCCUGUGAUUAGUUAUAAAACAUUUGAUAGGUGAUUGUUCUUAGUUCACUGUGGUAGUUCAGUCUGUAUGGAAGUGGAGGUAUCUGAUGUUACAGUAUUCAGUUCUUGAAUGACCAAUGAAGAGGUCUAGAGGGAUUGCAUUUUGAAAUUGUAGGCUUUUGAAUGCAAAAUGCCCCUUUAUAAUUUAAAGGAAACUCUUGCUAUUCAGGAGUAGAGAUACACAGAAUAUAGUUAAGGUGUAUCUUGAGAAAUGUUGCCGUCGUUGAAAUGAUUACUCUUUGUAGAGCAACGACGUAAACCUCGCAAGUACACCACUUUCUUCUUAAUGCUGGCGGUCGAGUUAUCUGCAGUUUCUUCUUGUUUAAUAACAUAUAAAGGUCUCCGUAUGUCCCCCACUACUCUACAAAUUUUGCCAACAUUCUCUUUUUCAAGAACUGCACCCACCCUAAAUUUACUUCUCCAAUUUUUACUUGUCUUUGCAUCCCAAAUUUAAUUUAUAAUUAUCAAUAGUAUACACUUUGAGAUAUUCAACACUGAAUCAGUUUUAGAAAGUUCAUCAUUGAUACACUUGUAUUCCUUUUGCAGUAAUCACUUCCAUUUUUUCUUCUGUUUACUAAAUCCUGCAUCACAGUAAUAUUGUUUGGAUGUUAGUUUAGUUUUUUCACGAUAUUUUGCAAACUGAAGUCUUGAAUCAAGACAGAAUGUGAUGUUUUAUUCCACCAGGGUCAAAAAGUACAUUAAAUCUGUAUUUUAAAUUGGCGAACCUUUAUACAGUGAUAAUAAAGCCAUCCAUACUUGUGGGCCUGGUUGAACUAUACAACAGUGUAUCAAAACUCUGAAAUAUACACAGCUACAGCAACUAAAGCAAAAUUGAAUGAUAAAAUAAUUUGCAAACAAAUCAAAUUAAUACAUGUAUACAUUUCAGUCUGAAUGAUAAAACAAAAAUGUAAACUUGAUAGCAAAUAAAAUAAACACUUGACUACAACUAAAAUAAAAUUAGAUUAUAAAAUCCUUAUUUACAAACAAACCAAACCAAUAUACUACGUAUACACUUCACAGUCUACAUGAUGAAACUAAAUUGUAACCUUGAUAGCAACUAAAAUAAAAUUUUAAAUUAUGAAAUCCUUAUUUACAAGCUAAGUCAGCAAUACAUUACAUAAUUUUCAUAUGGGAUGUAGAGAAAAAUUGCUCAAAUUAGUACUGUACAUCCAUUUGAGGUAUUACGAUGAAGCGUACACCUUCUCACAUAAAUUUAUACAUGUGUGUAUGAUGCAUUCAAACUGUAUUUUAUGUCUUGGCACAUUUGAAUAUGAACACAACAGAUUUUGCAACCCUGACCGACUGACUUUAGUAUAAUAUGUCACCAUCUGCUGUUAGUGACUCAGCCUCUGCAAUAAUCUGUGAACAUCCCAACCAAGAUGCGACAUUGAAGGGGGAGAAUAUUACUGACCAGCUCAGGUGCAAAGUGGUAUGACGUGUUAUGCACUCAUAUUCUGUAUCUCUUGUUAACUAAAAAAAUAAUUUACAUACUUUACAGCAACUAAAAUCAAAUAUAAUUACAAAAUCCUAUUUACAAAUCAAACCAAUAUAUGUAUGUAUGUAUACACUUUUUACAGUGAAUGAAUAUUCUAAAAUUGAAACUUUACAAUAACUAAACUAUAAUUAAAUGAUAAAAUCCUUAUUUACAAAAUCAACUCAAGAUUGCCCCAACCAACAAGGCUAAGCAGCUCAGGUUCAUAUGAGUUUAGAGUUCAAUUAGGUUUGUUACGUUUGAACUAGGCAAACUUUAAUUUAAUGCCUGUUGAUAUGAUUCCUAAAUGAAGUCACCUUUGUCUCUGUCAGGCAACUUUAUUUCAGCUGACAUUGACAGGUUUCUUUCAAACAGGCAGUCAUAUCAGCAUGCAUAUGUGCAGUUGCAGGGAUGGGAUGCCCCAGUAUCCAUUUGGAUAUGUGUACCACAGGCUACUCAUAUGGUGCUGCUGUUACAUCCAUAGUGGGGCCCACAGCCUAUGACUACAACCUCAUACCAGACUUAGCACCCAUUCUAACACCUCUGCCUGCCCCCAAUGCAGUUGCUACUGCUGUAGCCCCAACUGAAUGCAAAAACCAGCACCACUCACAGGAUGUAGGUACACAACCGGAGUGGGACUGCCAGGGUAAGCUACUCAUGUUUACAUUGAUGCCAACAUUGAACACGUCGUUGUUCAAAAUGUGUUGCUGUCUUUUUGAGUGUUCUUGGGAUUUAGUUUUAAACUAAACAUUUUUCCUUCUUAAAAAUCAUUUGCUCUUUAGCCAUUGAAAUAAGGAAAUUAGAAACUGUGACGUAUUAUUUAACGUCAAGUAGAUUUAUUUUGCAAGUUCUCUCUGUAGGAAAGAGGCAUUUUUGUAUAUGCCACCAGCUAUGGUGUGUGUGUUAUAUUGUACAUCCAUAUAUCUCAUGUAAAGAUUCAUUUACGUUCUCCAUACUUAUGUUUUUUCCUGUAUGUUCAUUUGCAUUAGAAUAUUCUAAGGAUGAGGUUUUCAAAAAUGCCCUUUACUUGGUCUAAUUUUCCCACAUAUCAACUUUACUUAUACUAAAUUAAACAUCAGAAUGCAUUGUCCAAUAGAAUUAUAGCCCAGCACUAUGUAUAGUGUGGUGUUUUGCAGCAAUUACUUUAGAAUGCACGAGUCACAAUUCCAAGUAAAUUUGAGGUAUAUUUGCAUUUAAACCCUUUUUACAUUCUAGGAACUUACCUUUGUAGAAAUGAAUUAGAGCAGAAUAUCAAGGGCUCACCUUUUAUCACUGCCUGGCUUAUAAGAAUAUCCAGAAUUAUCAUGAAUCAAUAGUGAAUGCUUGGUUAUUUCUGAACCAUCUUCAUGCCACUGAUAACAGAUUGUUGAAAGUUUACCUUUUAUUUUAUUCUUCAGAAUGUAAGCGUAUUCUGGAUAUUGCUGGAUUCAUUAUUCCAGGACAUUUUUCACCUUUGAUGAUUUUUGUAAGAUAGUUUUAGAAACUGUUAUAUAGCAAGUAACAGCUGAUGGCACGGUAGAAAAUAUGUACAGUUUAACCAGUAUCAUUUACAUUUUGCUUUUGGUUUCAUUUGGGAAUUCACAGAGAACUUUUUCCCUCCACAUAUUUUAGGACUAAAAUUUGAGACCUGAAAUACAUCACAACAUAGUAACCAGAGGUUAUAGAUGUUCUAAGAGAUUUUACUAAAUGUUCUUCCCUUUUUAAUGUCAUUAUAUUGCUUCCAGCAUUUACAUUCAUAUUUGUUGCUUGAAUUUUUCAGAUCUUUCACUUGAUUGCAAUUAAAGCCAAGCUGCUAGUUUAUCCCUGCAGUUAGUCAAAAUAACCCUGGUUUCUAAUGUUUCUCCUUGUUAGGAGAAUUACAGAGGUCCCUUAAACAUGCAUUUUGUUCAGGUUCUUUGUUUAAUUUCACUUUCAUCUGUGAUAACAUUUGGAUAGUACAGGAGAGUAAUUAUGAAUUACAUUUUUGUUUACAAAUUGUGUGGUUAGUUACAAAGUAUUAUUAAACUGAAACCUUUAAAAAGAUUUAUUUUCCAUGUCUAAGUUUGCACCGAUUGAUGGCAAAAGGCUUUGCUGACUAUAGAGAACUUGUAAGGAGGGCAAGAGUGACCUUGUGGAUACAGUCAGGCUAUUUCUUACAUUUCCUUGUGUAGGGAUAAAUGACAAAAGGUCUGACUGUAUCGAUAGUAGAGGUCUGCCAGAUUUUGACUAUGCUUCAUAAUUGCAGUUUUGUGCAGCCUAAUCAAGAUUGCUGUGUUGUAGUAUUGCUGCUCUUUAGUAUUGAUGUGAUGUUGAAGAAAGAUAGAUUUAGGGUAUCCUGAAACUUCACCUUUUUAUUUUCUUGUAUGAAACUCCACUCCAUAGAUGCCUUAAAGCAGACUGGAUUAGUUGUAGAGGUGAGUUUGACUGACAGAUAUGUCAAGGUAACUUGAAAGUUAUGUAAAUGCACUUUGAUUGCCUGUGAGGCGGCUUCAAUAAAUAUUCACUUGUUACCUUAAAAUGAAAAAAAACUUUUGGUAUUUCAGUAUACAUCAAACACUGGCAUUAUCACUCAUUUAAAGUGUCUGAGCUAUAAUAACGUAUGAUUUUGAUUACCCAUUUGAUUGUUUUAGCAUCUGGGAUCUGUUGUUUUCUUUUGAAAACCUGAGGGUUGAAAGGUGCAUCAGUGAUUUUGUUAUUAUUUUAAUGCAUUUUUCCCCACUUUAGGUAAUGUUAAGAGGAUGGUAAAUCUGGGUUCUGUUCAAAUUCCUAAUAAUGUGUAAUAUCUGAAAUUUGGGUAUUUUGAAUAAAUGGUGGUUUCUCAGUAUUUUAAAAAUGCCAGUAUUGUUCUUGUGAAAUUUAUUAUAAAUUUGUGCUUAACGUGACCUGCAGAACCACCAUUACGUAUGUCUUUUGUAUAAAGUAUUAAACUUAGUUACCAUUG